GUAUCUUGGCCUUCAUUGGAUUUCAACGAAUGGGCUUGUUCGGCACUUCUGAGGAAGCUAAUUAUGACGUCUUGCAGCAAUGGAAGGAUGAGAAUGUUGAACUGCGUUUGUAUCCUAGACAGAAGUGGGUGUGUGUUACACAAGUCGCUUCAAAAAUGGAUGACAUCAUGUCAUCAUCUUUUUUCAAACUGUUCAACUACAUCAGAGGAGCCAACUCCCAAGAUGCGAAGAUCCCCAUGACAAAACCCGUACGCGUUGAGAGCAAACCGAAUCCUGAAUCAUCCUUAUCCCGAUUAUAUACCAUGGGCUUUCAUUUGCCUACAACUCAUUCCGAUUCUCCUCCUGACCCAAAGGAAGUAGACUUGUUCGUUCAGGAAUGUGACGAGAUGAAAGUUUUCUGCAGAGUAUACUCAGGAUUUUCAAACGACACGAAGCUGCAUGCGGAAGCCAGGGAGCUCGGUCGAACAUUAGACGGUUUGAAUAUGUCAUACAAAAGAGAUCCGUAUUAUUUCGCUGGUUACAACCCGCCAUUCCACCUGUUCAACCGAAGAAACGAAGUGUGGUUUGUGGCAGCUGAUUGA